CUACGAUACGGUUUCAUGGACUAUGCUAAAUUGGCUACGAAUACCACCUUUUCGCCAUCGGAAAAGGACAAUUUGGGUUGGAAAAGAGUCUGUUAUAAACGCGCUGCUACGGAUCGGGAAAUCGCCGGAAUCGACAAAGCAAGAAUACGAAAGCGAGAAUCGAAAACACGACACACGAUUUACGUGGUUCACUAACACGGUGUGUGUUAGCUACGUCUACGAGCGAGAGAGAGCCAGUUUCACUAUAUCAAGGAGAUUACAGAUUACAGAGGAGUAUGAGAAGUAUUUAUAGUACUUCUCCAUGUGGGUCUAAACCUAAUCCAAUAUGGCAAAGAAAGCGGUUACAGACCAGGCCCAGAACCCGAACCCAAAUAACAUUGAGCCCAUACACCGUGGGCCGGGGCCGUUGCCCCUGCAUCCCCCACCGGGGCGUUGCUCCUGGACCCCACUCGCUGACUGGGCAGCGAAACCCCCGAUUACCAGUCGUAGCGGCUGAUAGUUCGAUUCAAGUCACAUCAACAGGGUCAACCAGGAGGUUGAACCAAUCUUGGUUCAGUGAUAAAUAAUAAGUAACUUGGACAAAAAGAAACGAAGUGACUUAGCCAAAUCUUUUUUUGUUGAUAACCUCAAACCAAUCAAUUGAAUAUUGAUUAAUACAUAAUUGAUCGAACACUACUUAAAAAAGAAAAUGGCUAUUCUGCUCAGAAAUGAAAUGUUCCAAAUGUUCAUGAAAAUUCUUGCUCCCAUUAGACCAGACCAUUUGUAUCUAUAUGCAUUAGGAUCCCAACGUUUCAUUUAUCGGACGGCUUGCAAUAUUCCGACAUGGGUACGGUCUUCGCUGAUUAAGGCGGUUGAUCAUAAACAACAAAUUAAAUAUCAUAAUUUCCUCCGAAUCCGUAUCGAGCAUUGAUUUUUUUCUUCUAGAUAUAGAGCAUCGAUUCACCAUUCUUUUCUCUUUCUUCACACGGCUUCUCGUCGUCUCCACCUUUUUCCAGCUUCCGGCGAGUCAGUCUUCCCGUUGGAGGAAUCCGGCCGGCGUCGCGGUCAUGGCUCCAGACGAUGUCCUCAAGAAGCUGGAAUACCUAUCUCUGGUCUCCAAGGUCUGCACCGAGCUCGAGACCCAUUUAGGUUUCGGUGACAAAGUCCUUGCGGAGUUCAUCACCGAGUUGGGCCGCAACUGCGAGGCCGUAGACGAGUUCGAUUCGAAGUUGAAGGAGAACGACGCCGAGAUGCCCGAUUACUUUGUGCGGACGCUUCUGACCAUUAUCCAUGCGAUUCUUCCGCCCACGCGCAAGUCGGAGAACCCCAAGGAGACCGCCGGUCGCGGUGGUUACGAUAGGCAAGAAGACGGCAGAGGUGAGAUGGUCCUGAAGAGCACUGGCUCCAACACCAACGAGCCUGAAUUAUACACUGUAUACAAAGGCAGGGUUUCCAGGGUCAUGGACUCGGGUUGCUUCGUGCAGUUGAAUGAUCUCAAGGAGAAGGAGGGUCUGGUCCAUGUUUCUCAGAUUGCAACCAGGAGAAUUGGCAACGCAAAGGAAGUAGUGAAACGAGAUCAGCAAGUCUAUGUGAAGGUGAUUUCUAUUUCGGGCCAGAAGUUGUCUCUGUCGAUGCGAGAUGUGGACCAGCAUACAGGGAGGGAUCUACUCCCGCUGAAGAAGGUGUCUGAAGAUGAUUCCUCUAGGACGAAUCCUUCGAGCGCCAGAGAUGGGCAAAGAACUCGGACAGGGUUAUCGGGGAUUAGGAUGGUGGAAGAAGAUGAAGCUAUUCCAUCUUCACGCAGGCCACUUAAGAUGAUGAGUUCACCAGAGAGAUGGGAAGCUAAACAGUUGAUUGCUUCAGGUGUUCUGAGCGUUAAAGAGCACCCUAUGUAUGAUGAAGAGGCAGAUGCGUUGCAGCUCUAUGAAGAGGAAGGAGGUGAGGAGGAACUGGAAAUUGAAAUCAACGAGGAUGAGCCUGCAUUUUUGCAGGGGCAAACUAGGUCCUCCGUUGAUAUGUCACCUGUGAAGAUCUUUAAGAAUCCAGAAGGGUCACUGAGUCGGGCAGCUGCUCUACAGUCUGCCCUUAUUAAGGAGAGGAGGGAAGUAAGGGAGCAUCAACAAAGGACGGUGCUUGAUUCCAUACCAAAGGAUCUGAAUCGACCUUGGGAAGACCCAAUGCCAGAGAGUGGUGAGAGGCAUCUGGCCCAGGAACUUAGGGGUGUUGGUUUGUCUGCUUACGACAUGCCUGAAUGGAAGAAGGAUGCUUAUGGGAAGGCAUUGACAUUUGGGCAGAGGUCUAAACUAUCAAUCCAGGAUCAACGGCAAAGCUUGCCCAUAUACAAACUGAAGAAGGAGCUUGUUCAGGCUGUCCAUGAUAACCAAGUUUUGGUUGUUAUUGGCGAGACGGGGUCUGGUAAGACCACACAGGUAACGCAAUAUCUCGCCGAGGCUGGUUAUACCACACGAGGUAAGAUCGGCUGUACUCAGCCCCGUAGAGUUGCUGCCAUGUCUGUUGCCAAACGUGUUGCUGAAGAGUUUGGUUGCCGAUUAGGAGAGGAAGUUGGCUAUGCGAUUCGUUUUGAAGAUUGUACUGGGCCGGAUACUGUCAUCAAGUAUAUGACCGACGGAAUGCUUCUUAGGGAGAUUCUCAUCGAUGAGAAUCUCUCUCAGUAUUCAGUAAUAAUGCUUGAUGAAGCUCACGAGAGGACUAUUAACACUGACGUCCUUUUCGGGCUUCUCAAAAAGUUGGUGAAGAGAAGACCCGAUCUUCGCCUAAUUGUCACGUCUGCUACGCUGGAUGCAGAGAAAUUUUCAGGUUAUUUUUUCAAUUGCAACAUCUUCACCAUCCCUGGUAGGACAUUCCCGGUGGAUAUCCUCUAUACCAAGCAGCCUGAAAGUGAGUACCUAGAGGCUGUCCUGAACACUGUCUUACUGAUCCACUUGACAGAACCCGAAGGUGAUGUGCUUGUGUUCUUAACAGGCCAGGAGGAAAUUGAUUUAGCCUGCCAGUCUUUGUAUGACCGAAUGAAGAAGGUAGGUAAAAAUGUUCCAGAGCUGAUUAUAUUACCUGUUUAUAGUGCCCUUCCGAGUGAAAUGCAGUCAAGGAUAUUUGAUCCAACCCCUCCAGGGAAACGAAAGGUGGUUGUGGCAACCAAUAUUGCAGAGGCGUCACUGACAAUUGAUGGCAUAUUUUAUGUUGUGGAUCCUGGGUUUGCUAAGCAGAAUGUGUACAAUCCGAAGCAAGGUCUGGAUUCGUUGGUUAUAACCCCAAUCUCACAGGCAUCUGCUAAGCAACGAGCUGGACGUGCUGGCCGUACUGGGCCUGGGAAAUGUUACCGUCUUUACACCGAGAGUGCCUACCGGAAUGAAAUGUCCCCUACGUCCAUUCCUGAAAUCCAAAGAAUUAAUCUUGGGAUGGUAACACUUACAAUGAAGGCCAUGGGAAUCAAUGAUCUCUUAUCUUUUGAUUUUAUGGAUCCCCCAGCACCUCAAGCCCUUAUCACUGCCAUGGAGCAGCUAUACAGUUUAGGGGCAUUGGAUGAGGAAGGUCUUCUUACAAAAUUGGGGAGGAAAAUGGCUGAAUUCCCGCUGGACCCUCCGUUGUCCAAGAUGUUGUUGGCUAGUGUUGACCUUGGCUGCAGUGAUGAGAUUCUGACCAUCAUUUCCAUGAUCCAAACAGGGAACAUCUUCUACAAGCCUAGGGAGAAAAAAUGCCAAGCUGAUCAGAAGAGAGCCAAAUUCUUCCAAACUGAGGGAGACCACUUGACCUUGCUUGCUGUGUAUGAGGCUUGGAAAGCAAAGAAUUUCUCUGGUCCUUGGUGCUUUGAGAACUUUGUUCAGUCCAGGUCCUUGCGAAGAGCACAAGAUGUCAGGAAGCAGCUUCUCACCAUCAUGGACAAGUAUAAGUUGGAUGUUGUGAGCGCUGGAAAGAAUUUCAUGAAGAUAAGGAAAGCCAUCACAGCUGGUUUCUUUUUCCAUGCCGCGAGGAAGGAUCCACAGGAGGGAUACAGGACCCUAAUGGAGAACCAGGCGGUGUAUAUCCACCCGAGCAGUGCCCUUUUCCAGAGACAGCCAGAUUGGGUGAUCUACCAUGAACUGGUGAUGACAACAAAAGAGUAUAUGCGUGAAGUCACUGUGGUGGAUCCUAAGUGGCUGGUAGAACUCGCACCUAGGUUCUUCAAAGCUGCCGAUCCAACCAAAAUGAGCAAGCGCAAGCGCCAGGAACGCAUAGAGCCUCUUUAUGACAGAUAUCAUGAACCUAACUCUUGGCGGCUGAGUAAACGUCGAGCGUAGUAGUAGUAACAACUAACAAGUAUGUUUUUUUUGUUUUUGUGGUUUUAUGAAUUUAGUUUUGUAGAAUGAUUCGGGCCUUUGUGGAUGCCAAGACUGACUUUGUAUAUGCUUUUCUUUGUCUCCUUUGAAUGUACUUUUCUUUAUACGAAAAGAUGUCUUAAUACUUAAUAGAAUGAUUACACACAAUAUUCAUCCUACUGCCGACCCUAAACCCUAAAUCACUUGUUGCUACAGUUACUUGUUAGUUCUCGAGGUGCCUUAUGCAGCUUGCAGAUUCUUCUUGUUCAGAGUUGAGACAGUUCCUUCUGCAGUUUCACAGGGUAAGUGCUCACCUCCAUUGGAUUCUUCUUUCUUACUGUGGAACAGUUGGAUUGCUGUUGAAUGGGAUACAAAAUGCUCUGCUUGGAACUCUGGGUAGUCUAAGAGAAUGCACGUGCGGUUAAGUUACAUGAAUCGAUCAGUCGACUCGUCAUAUCUUGUUAUGUGGAACAUUUUUAGUACCUAAAUGUUCCAGAGCUGAUUAUAUUAGCCUGCCAGUUUUACUCAUACCGAACAGCCCGGAAGACAAAAAAUUAAAAAAAAAAUCUCCAACGUCAAUAUGACGUCAAUUUGAUAGAAAGUCGGCAAAAAAAAAUGAAAAUCGGGUAGAACCCUUCUCUCCAACACAAAUCUAAUCGACACUUCGUUCUUUUUAUGCCUUGGCAACGUUUUAAGUUUGCAAUUGGGUUUAAUUAGACUUCAUAUUAAGAAUAGUUGGUGAAGUUGUGAAUUUUACUCCAUGUUGCUUUUGUGCCUUGGUUUCCUAUAUAUUUUUUUUUUUUGGUGAAAUAUAGGGCGCAAAGGGCACCCUAACCUGAAUUAAGAGAUAACGAGGCGGGGAGUAUGAGUCCCCAGAGUAUCAAAAUACAACCAGUACAGAAGAGUACUACUCGGGUUUUGAAUCCCGUGAACCCCAAUGGGAACAGAAUGGCCAAUGGAAGCGAGGUGGUCCGCCACGAAGUUCGCUUCUCUGUAGACAUGCUCAAUCCUUACAAGCCAAGGCCGAGCUAGCCAAUGGCGGAUCUCUGCUACGCAGGAGUAGUGAGGGUGUUGGGUUUCCUAUAUUCAAUUAGUUAGUACUUGAUCCAUUGUUUUCCUAAGUAAUUCUAAUAUUUUUAUGAUAUAUAUAUGAUAGCAUUUUUUUGUCGAAACAGUAUUUUAGCAAAAUAUAUAACUUUAUUUUAAAAAUAUAUUUUACCGGCAUGGAACUGUUGAACCACAGUUGUAUCUCAAAAACUCCCUACCAUAUACUAUUACGGAACAACCACCGAUACGAUUUUUCAAUCAAUGAUUUUUAGUUAGGUUAGUUAUAUAGUGGUGCACUAGUGUUUCCUUAUUCUCCUUUCUUUCUUUUAAUUGUCUCCAUAAGAAAUGAUAGUCAUAUUUUCGUUUUGGAUUCAAGUACAAAAGAAGGAUUAGUAGCUUUAUCGUUAAAAAAAAAGAAGGAUUAGUAGCUGAAAACUUUUGAUUUUCAUGCAAAAAUAAAAAUAAAAAAUAUUUUGAAAAGAAUUUAUAUAUGGUUCGAUAUUUAAAAUGAAGAUUUUGCUAUUAUCUUUCAGAAUAUAUAUGAUUUCUCUUUCAAUAAAAAAUAAAUUAGAAACCAAGUAGAAUUUGGGGAAAAAAAAACGAUUCAAGUUUUGCACCAAAUUUUGAACAUUAACAAUGAAUGUUGAGUGUCUUU